AUGACAAGAUAUCGUAAAUCCUCCUCAAAAGUACCGUCGGCGUCGACUUCGACUUCUUCCCGGCAUUCCCCAACGCCAUCCACAGAUUCAACACCAGAGUUCCCCUCAAUAGCAAGGUCUGAGGGGACACCUGUAUUUCGGGUCUCUCCAUCCAAGAAAAAGGACGGGCCGGCCCGCCAGUCUUCUGAUGAUCCCCUCCCUACCAUUGAAGGAGGUCCUAGGAGUCCGACAAUCAGUGUGACAUCGAAUGAUGGCACCUACGUUAUUCAAACGCCCACCACAUCGGUAGCGCCGUCAUCUCCUUCAAGUUCCAGCCAUGGUGGGACUUCAUCGCCAUUCGCAAGCCCAAAAAUUCGUUCACGUCAAGGAAACGGGGAAACGGAGAGCCUUACCAGAUGUAUGGACAACAUGAACCUUACUUCGCAACGUUCACCCUUCGUCAUGGUCGAUGUAGCAAUUGCUAUUUCUGGAAUCGCCAACAAUUCGGAACAGCAACCCAGUCGGGUGGAGGCUAGCAACCCCAAUCUGAGGAUGACAUCGCUGAGUCCUCGUCCUCCUGAGCGGCCGCGCCGUAUUUCUCGGACUGUGCUCUCGAAGCAUGACGUCAAGGACGAAGAAGUUCCUCCCAAUCGAUUCCAUGAUCCUAAAGUACAAGAAGCUUUCCGAAAUGCAAAGGCCCUCAUGUCACGUUUAGCGGAUGCAUUGGGCAGUUCCCCUCUUCACAUCAACCCUGACUCCACCAUACGCCAACUGCAUCGGCAAGCGCAGAAACUUGCUCACUUUCAGCCCCCAUCCACUCGAACAGUUGGGUUUGUCGGUGACUCUGGUGUUGGAAAGAGCAGUCUUUUGAAUUCUCUUCUAGACUUAGAGGGUCUUGCAAGAACGAGUAACAGUGGAGCUGCAUGCACAUGUGUGGUUACAGAGUAUCAUUUCCACGACCAAACUGACUUCAUUACAUACGUUGAAUUGUUCAGUGUCGAUGAUCUCGUUAAACAGGCUGAAGAUCUACUCAAGUCUUAUCGACACUACCACCUGAACUCCGACGAAAUGGAAGGCAAUGAGCUAAGUGACUUUAAGGAGCAGGCACAAGUUGCACUUGACACUUUCCGAGCUAUGUUCCGGGGCCGAUAUGACGAUGAGGAAUUCCUCACGGAAGACAGAUUGAAAGUAGCACUCCGGACUUUGAAAUCCCGUGUCGUGGAAUUGAGACCAUCUGAAAUUGAGGGACGACAAGUUGAUACCAACCUGCAGGAUUGUUCCACCCGUCUGAUGAGAUUAACCUCUGAAGUGGCAUCGUCGCGCGAGCCGGCGCUCUGGCCAUACAUCAAGAAGAUCAAAGUUUCUCUCAAUUCGCAUAUCCUUAGUAAAGGACUCGUACUUGUUGACCUGCCUGGGUUGCGUGACUUGAACUCUGCUCGAAGAGCCAUCACAGAGCGAUAUCUGAUUGAGUGCGAUGAGAUCUUCGCAAUCUGUAACAUUGGUCGAGCCACAACCGACGUUGGCGUUGCAAGCGUCUUUGAUUUAGCCAAAGAAGCUGGAUUAGAAAAUGUCGGUAUAGUUUGUACCAAAUCUGACGUGAGUUGCCCUUUUCAGUAUUUAGGAGUCACUUUGAUACUUAAAAGUAUACAGGACAUUCGCGCUGCAGAAGCCAAAAAAGACUGGAAGGGCCCACGGGCAAGGAAAGUCCAGCAACUCAGUGAUGCGGUAGCGGCUACACAAAGACAACUGGAUGACAUUAACUUGGAUCUGGCCGACUUUGAAGACGCGGAUGAUCUCUCUGAAGAGGAGAGAAAUCUGAUUAUCGAUCUUGGGUUUCGCGCUAAGAAGACACAGUAA